GAGCUGGUCACACCGGAGUUUCCCGCUGGCAGUCCUAUCCGCGGUGGAUCUCGUCUAGGCGGUUUCAAGGGAGGCCGCGGCAGCAGCAGCAGCAACAGCAGACCAUCGCGCGGAGGGCCCAGUGGCAGAUCUCGCGGCGCUAGGCGAGGUGUCGUUGGCAAACCAGGCGGAGGCCGCCAACCCAAGAAAGCCCCUACGGCGGAGGAGCUCGACGCCGAGCUCGAGGAGUACGUUAAGAACAAAGUGUCCGAAGGCGCCUAAGCGCAGCGUUAGCAGUCUCAAGACUUGUAAAUAAUAUGUUUCGUAAUCUUAGAACUACAGGUUUAUUAAUAUUAUUAUUAUUAUGUGCUGCUAUUUUGUCGGACGAGAGUUAUAUAUUGAUAAGAAAAAAAAAAAAAGAGAUUAAAAGCGUUCAGUUCAGAGUCAAUACUCCAGCGACGAUGUGUGUGCGUGUGCGCGAUUGCCGCGAGUAGCAGAGGUAACCAAAAAGAAAAGAAAUUUAAGCGAGUUUAUAUGAUAUUUAGAUAUAUAGCGCGCGCCUGUCGAGACGUCGUCAGAAGUAAGCGAUUGUUUGUCGAUUACUUUUCUCUCGUGUCACAAGCGUAAACUUCUUCGCUGACGAUUAUCACCGCUGACUUUUGUGUUUUACGUGUAUAUCAUUCAGUGCGCAGCACCAUUCCUUCUGUGUAAUUUCCUAUAAUAAAUAUUCAUUCCGCCAAAAAGAAAAGAGAAGCAAGAUUGUUUCUAUAAUCGUCUCACACCUCUCCCCGAUGAACUUUCAAAGUUUCGCGGCAAAGUCGCGAAGCAGCGGCCUCUACAACUCGCGAGGCAAAAGCGCAUCGUCAGAGGUCUCUCUUGUCGUUCUCAAUAUAGCUGCCUGCACUGGCUGCGUCUCGCCGUGGCGUUUGUCCCGUGGCCGCUCGCGGACUGUGUGUGUGCGACGAGCGCGACUCUUUUUUACUGUCGACUCGAGUAGAGAGCUAUAGAGUCUCCAACACACUGUCGUUUCUUCCUCGAGUGCGUGCGUGUCGCCGUCUCCUGGUGCUUGUGUCCUGAACCGGCGAAUAAAGGAAAAGAGAAACGGUAGCAGCGCUAUUGGCAGUGUCGAGGUAGCGCAGAAAAAACAACGAGAGAGAUCGAGCGACUCGUCGUGUGUAUACUGUGCGUGUUGUGUGGCCGCCCCCCCUGUAUCUCUCUCAUAUACAUGUGCAUUGUGGGAGGUGGAUCAGAAGUAGCAGCAGCAGCAGCAGCAGCAGCAACGGCAGUGACUCCCGGAUGCAGCUGAGAGGAGCAUCAUCCUAGUGCCAGAAUAACGAGUCGUCUAGCUGAGAGCAGAGGGUGGCGGUAACGCCGCUGAUCAGCAAGAAGCCAGAGGCAAAGCCCGUCGAGAUUACACACGAAUUUCUGCCGUAGUAGAAAAACACAGAGAAGAUGCGCGAGUACAAGAUCGUGGUGCUGGGGAGCGGUGGCGUCGGUAAAUCAGCCCUGACCGUCCAGUUCGUCCAGGGGAUCUUCGUCGAGAAGUACGACCCCACCAUAGAGGACAGCUACAGGAAGCAGGUCGAGGUCGACGGCCAGCAAUGCAUGCUCGAGAUUCUCGACACCGCUGGAACGGAACAAUUCACGGCCAUGAGGGAUCUGUACAUGAAGAACGGCCAGGGCUUCGUGCUGGUCUACUCGAUAACGGCCCAGUCGACGUUCAACGACCUGCACGACCUGCGGGAGCAGAUACUGCGGGUGAAGGACACGGACGACGUGCCGAUGGUUCUCGUCGGCAACAAAUGCGACCUCGAGGACGAGAGGGUGGUGGGCAAGGACCAGGGCGUCAACCUUGCCCGGCAAUAUAAUUGCGCGUUCAUGGAGACGUCGGCCAAAGCCAAAAUUAACGUUAACGAUAUCUUCUACGAUCUGGUACGGCAAAUCAACAAAAAGUCGCCGGAGAAGAAGAUGAAGCAGAAAAAGAAAUCGCUGUGCAUAGUGCUGUAAAGUAGCGACCGGGCCUGUGCAGCCGUGUCUUCUCGCGUUCAAAGAGGAUUAAAACAAAACCUGAGGCAGAGAUAAACAAGCAGAGCAACAAGAGCAAAGCGAAAAAAAGUUAUAAACAAAACGUAUAAAAAAGUUAAAUAAAACGAGAGGGAGGGUGAUCGAGGAUACCAGUGUGUCGGUUGAGGGUUUUACACCAAACAUACAGCCAGAAAAUAAGAGAGAGAGAGAGAGAGCAAAUGAGUGGGAGGAAAAGAUAAACUUGAACUGAAAUAUCACAACCGAGACGAGGAGAGUAUAGAGGGUGAGAGAGAGAGAGAGACGGAGCAUAGACGCGACGAACACUAGUUGACGACGAGAACUACCCAAGGAACACGGAGAGAUAGAGCGAGAAAAAAAGGAGUGCGGGGAUUAAGAGAAAAGAGGGCACGAACCGGGGGAAGGCUGACUGCGACGAUACCGCGCGCGAUGGAGAGAUAAAUAACCACGAGAGCGCAGAUCUGAAAGAUGCGCGCGCGCGAGUUCGCGUCGUCGGAAGCCGACGAGAGAGAAGGAGAGAAUGUGAGGGAGAGAGUGAGACAGCCGAGCACUUGGGAAGUUUUACGAAUACUUGUAUAUACACACUUCUGUCCGGCGGUGGCGCGCGAGCACAACGGCGCACAAACUGACGAGAGAACGGAAAAAGGGAAAAACAUACACUGACAUACACGACCCAUCAUCCAUAUACAGAAAAACUUUACACGCGGCUACACUGACACGCAUACACGUCGCGGCCACGUGCGCGGACCCUUUUGCGUUCUCCUCGAGAAUAUUCUUUUCAUUACUCUUUUUUUUAUCAUUAUUAAUAUUAUUAUUAAUUACUAGCGGGCAAGAGAUAUUAAUUCAUUAGGAUGGAGAGCUGAUGAAAUCGCAUGCGAGAGAGAAUAUGAGAGAGUGAGCGAGAGAAAAAGGGGAUACUAAAUUUUUUCGAAGGACGGAACGUGCUCGAUCGCUGUGCUGUAACACAGUGACAGUAGUAGCGGUGUUAUUCGAAGCAAGAUGCGAUAUGAUAAUAAUAAAUUCGCGUGAUAGACGGAGAGCAAGAGUGUGAAUGAGUGUCGCAGAACAGUGCGAGAAAGAGAAUGAGAGUUGACAAAAACGGGGUAAAGCUAAGCAAAUGAAUACAAAAAGGGUAAAAGACAAAAAAAAUGUUCAUAAGUGCGCUUGCGCGGAGCGAGACCGCAAACGCAGUCGCGCCCCCCAACUCUAUCAACAUCGCGCGCACCUCUCUUAUAUAAUAUAAUAAUUAUACAUAGACGAUACAUACCAUGAAAAAAAAUGAUGAUUAUUAUUAUUAUCGAAGCAUCAAAAUAUUCAUAAGUUAUCGACCGUUUGUUUCUCAAUCAAUAUAUGUUUUUCUAUAUCUCUCCGUAUUAAAAGCAAAUAAUAAAAAUUCAGUAAGUGUUGAAAAAAAAACAAUUUUGAAUUAUAUCGUACUCGGUGUCCUUCCCUGAUACCCCCCCCCCCCCCCCCCAUUUCGCCCUCAAACCCUCCGAAGCAAACACUGAACCCCUCGAUGAAGGCUUUCGUCUAGCGAACCUUAAGUCAUAUACUUGUUUAAGUGCCUUUUUUUUAAAGAAAAAAUGAACAGGAAAAAUAAUGAAAGAUUUUUGCGUGAGAUCUUUUUUAAUACUUUGGUAGUUAUGUAAUGAAUAGAGUUUUUUAAAAGAAUUCAUUUGAAAUUGUAUUACUAUAAGUAUGUAGGGUUUAAAAUUGAUUUGCAUUUUUUCUUUUUGUAAGAAAAAUCAAGUGGAAUAUUAACAUAGCUCAACAAACGUCUUUGCUGGGGACAAAACUACGGAACUAAGCUUUUUCUAAGGAUCGGAGUAUUAGUUUGACUUUGAAUUUUAUAUUAAACAGUCUACAUUGUAAAAUAGAACAAACAUUGUGAUUUGCUAAGGUCUCUACUUAAUUUCGCGUGAGGCAAAAUAAUAUGACAAUGAAAAAAAAAUCACCUAUUGUGGAUACAAAUAAAAAAAGUCUUCAAAUUACUGUGUAGAUGAAUUUUGAUGUUUUGCGUAAUCCCUGUAAUGACUUAAACCUUGAAAUUGUAAAUUAAGACACUUCGAUUUCAUAUAAUCAGUGUAGCGAGAAAAAAAAACAAGGGUACUGGUGGAACAAAAAUUCAUGGAACCCUGAGUACGUUUAGAAGUCACAUUAAUCGCAUUCCGAAUAGAUUUGUUAGUAGCAAUGUUUGUAUAUUAUUGUAAGAUUUUCUUGUUUCUCAUCUUUGCGCAUACGAGUUACUUUAAGCGCUACAUUAUUAUUAUUAAUUAUUAUUAAUAUUAUUAUUAUAUUAUUAUAUUGCCUUUGUAUCAAGAAAAAGUUUCAUAAAGUUGACGUCGAUGCAAUCGGUCUGUCGAUUAAAAAAUACAUUUCUCUUUUGAA